GACUAUUUUAAAAGCAAACCCCAAAAUUAAAAACGAAAACAAAAACAUAAACACAAAUCAAUCUCUCUCUCUCUCUGUGUUCUCUCCCCGGAGACAUUGAGUGAGAGAAACCUUGAGGAUCAGCUUCCUCAAUACGCAUCCUCCUCCGUCAUAGAUCUCCUCCUUCAUCAACACCAACUCGCUUUCAGUCUCAGGAGAGUGAGGAGGGUAUAAUCGUCUAUGAAAUUGUUCUUUCAUUAAAGUUGCGUUUAGACGACUUGCAAGCCAAGGAAAGAUUCCCUUUACUCUUCUAGUGCCUACACGCAUCUCGAGGUGAAAACUAAUUAAACAAAAUGAAAUCCAUUGCUUCUUUUGAUUAAUGGCCUUAUGUGAUGAAGAGUAGUUCUAAGGUGGAAUGGAGACUGGUGCAAGAUAUGGCAACGAGAGGCGUGCAGCAUUUAAGGAUGACUCGUGGUUUAGCCAAUUUCGGAACGGCUCCAAUCCUUGGAUGGCCAGAUAUGUUUAUGCGUUGAUUUUUCUGGUAGCGAACUUGCUAGCAUGGGUAGUUCGGGAUUAUAGCAGCGGAGCCUUGACGGAAAUGGAAAGACUAAAGAACUGCAAAGGUGGGCAUGAAUGUUUGGGCGCAGAAGGUGUUCUUCGAGUGAGCUUGGGUUGCUUUAUGUUUUUUUUCAUUAUGUUCCUAUCAACAGCUGGUACUUCAAAGUUAUACGCGUCCAGAGAUUCGUGGCAUUCUGGAUGGUGGUCUGCAAAGAUUAUCAUGUGGAUUGCCUUGACAGUCAUCCCCUUUCUAUUGCCUUCUUCCUUUAUUCAGCUUUAUGGGGAGGUUGCGCACUUUGGUGCCGGGGUCUUUCUCCUAAUUCAGCUAAUCAGCGUAAUCAGCUUCAUUACAUGGCUAAACGAUUGUUGUCUGUCUGAGAAAAAUGCAGAAAGAUGCCACAUCCAUGUUAUGCUAACUGCAACCACCGCAUAUGUUAUAUGCAUAGUGGGGAUCAUAAUGAUGUACAUUUGGUAUACACCAGACCCUUCUUGCCUCCUCAACAUUUUUUUCAUUACAUGGACACUGGUGCUCCUCCAACUCAUGACCAGCGUCUCUCUGCACCCAAAAGUAAAUGUUGGUUUCUUGGCUCCAGGGCUUAUGGGGCUUUAUGUGGUAUUUAUCUGCUGGUGUGCCAUUCGAAGUGAACCUGCAGGGGAAAGUUGCAACAGGAAAGCAGAAGCUUCAAACAGAACGGACUGGCUUACUAUCAUAAGCUUUGUUGUUGCACUACUUGCAAUGGUCAUUGCAACAUUUUCUACAGGCAUCGAUUCAAAAUGCUUUCAGUUCAGGAAGGAUGAGCCACCAGCAGAAGAUGAUGUUCCAUACGGUUAUGGUUUCUUUCAUUUUGUUUUCGCCACUGGAGCCAUGUACUUCGCAAUGCUACUGAUUGGGUGGAAUACACAUCACACCAUUAAAAAGUGGACAAUUGAUGUGGGUUGGACAAGCACUUGGGUCAGGAUAGUUAAUGAAUGGCUGGCAGUUUGUGUAUAUCUGUGGAUGCUGGUGGCCCCAAUCUUCCUGAAAAGCAGACAAGUAGAUGAAUCGUCUGUGUAAAAGUCUCCAAAAUUAUAUUGUAACUGUUCACAUUGCAGAUGCUAGAAGAAAUCGUAGCUUGGCCAGAGCGAUAGUACACGCACACAUGUACUCAUCAGUCAUCACAUUAUACAAAUUCAAUCUCGGCCUCACCCUACCCAAAGAUAUUAUAGAAAAAUAUAAAUGGGAAAAUACAAAUUUAUCUGUACAUAUGCAAAUGCAAUUGAUGAAAUAUUUUA